AUGCUGCGAUACAUGCGAAGCUCCGAGCCCAAGGGCAACGGCAAUGGCAACAGCAACGUCAACGGCAACACCACCGCAAGUGCCAGCAACGCCGCAGGCAUCAACACCAGCGGGGCGCCCGGCGGCAGCCCCAAGCAGCCCUCUUCUCAGUCCGGUACACAGCAUACCCCCCACACGAUCCAUGCGCCGCUCCCGCUGUCUGCGCGGCAACAGCUCGCCGAGGCCGCAAAGAUCCCCGUCCCUACUCCCCUUCGUGGCGCAACCCCGAACCAUCAGACUAAUGGCGCACUCCCGGCAGCUUCUCCGUCUCCAAAGCAGGCACAGAAACACGCAAGUACACACGACCAGCCUCAGAGACAGCCGUCGUUUCAGCGGACACGGUCAAAUUCGGACAACAACCGGCCGCCACCCUUCUCCGAACUGUCCCAACAGCAGCAACAGCAGCAACAAAUAUGGGAAGAGUCCAGCAUUAACUCUAUGUUUGCAGAGAGCACAACGACGACAACACGACCACCACCCCGCUCGGCCAACUUGGGCCGCUAUGAGAGCUCCUUCCCACAGCAACGGGAGCAGGCGGCUUCUCUUGUGAUGGGUGAUCGGGGUGGACUCCGGAUACUGCCAACAAACGGAAACGGCGACACGGCAGCUCACACCGAUGACCCUUACGUAGACCGGUCUCCCUACGGCUCCCCGUCGAGGCAUAUACCUGUCCUGAAGCACUCCAAGUACGCUUUGCGAGAUGCCCGUGGUGCGACCCGACGGUCUUCAUUUUCCGAGCGACAGCCACAUGGAAGCGUGGACGAAGCCAACGGAAGCUCCCCCGAACGCCGCAUGCAUCAACGAAGCGAGAGCAUCCCCAAGUUGAACGGAGCAGUCAUGGCAGGCGGUGGUGUAGGGCUGGACCACGACUUGGGCGCCCAGCGGUCUGCAUUUUUCCGUGACAUUGAUGCGCCGCUGCUGGGACGGACACCUGCUCGGCCCGAGACCGACGAUGGAAGCGACUUGCCGUCACAGGGUGAUGAGGCAACCAAUCAACGUACUCCGCGCCAGAACCGAUCGUCGCCGCCAGGACCACCACCGCAACAACCACCACCCGCGAUCCCAGUACAGCAACAGCAAAAGCGGGUCCUGCAGGAAAGCUCCUUGCCCCGUGUGGGCGGCGGCGGUGGCAGCCGGCGCGACAAGAAACCGAGUCGGAAGCGGCGCCACAGUCCAGACUACGACGACAGCGUGCUGCACGCGAUGAGCUACUCAGAGCUCCGCGACGAGCCAUUUGACCAUGACCCGGCCCGCAUGGCCGUCCGCCCGGCGCCCGCCGCCCCGGCCAAGCUAGCUACCAUGGAAGACCGGCUGGUGCAUUUCAAGACCAAGGACGCCAACAGCCAGCACCAUUUCUUUACAGACAUGUCGGUCGACGAGUGGGAUGAGUGCGGCGACUGGUUCCUGACGCAGUUUGCCGAGCUGUCGAACAAGAUUCGCGCGAAACGGCAGGCCAAGCGGCGGCGGAUGGCCGACUUUGAAGCAGAAGUUGCCGAGCGUGAAAAGACUGUGCGCCUUAAAGCGGAGAGCAUAGAGCGCACGCUGGGCGACCUCCGACACGAAGGCGAAGGAAUGAUGCGCGGCAAGGCUGUGGACCUUUGA